AUGAGUUCUUACAAAGAACAAGAUGAAGAAAUCAAAAGAAACAUUCAAUGGGUUCAAGGUCCAAUCAUCAUAGGAGCUGGACCAUCCGGUCUAGCCGUUUCCGCUUGUCUCAAAAGAAACGGAAUCCCUUCUCUAAUCCUCGAAAGAGAUGAUUGUUUAGCUUCUCUUUGGAAGAAAAAAACCUACGACCGUCUCAAACUUCAUCUUCCCAAACAGUUCUGUCAACUUCCAUUCCUUAAUUUCCCCAAAUCUUUCCCUAAAUACCCAACUAAGAAACAGUUUGUUUCCUAUAUGGAAUCCUAUGCAACCCAUUUCUCAGUUUCCCCCAAAUUCAACCAGGAAGUUCUAAAUGCUGAAUUUGAUUCAAGCUCGAGUCUUUGGAGGGUAACUACCCAAGAUUCUGAGUAUGUUUCCCGUUGGUUGGUUGUCGCCGCCGGCGAGAAUGCUGAGCCGGCGGUGCCGGAUAUUCAAGGGAUUGAUACUUUUGAAGGGAAUGUUGUUCAUACAAGUGGGUAUCGUUCUGGUUCUGAUUAUAAGGGGGAAAAUGUUUUAAUAGUUGGUUGUGGAAAUUCAGGAAUGGAAGUUAGCUUGGAUCUUUGUAGGCAUAAUGCAUUUCCUCAUAUGGUUGUUAGAAACACUGUGCAUGUAUUGCCCCGGGAGAUGUUUGGUUUCUCGACAUUUGGAAUAGCAAUGAAACUUCUUAAAUGGUUACCUAUUAGAACAGUUGAUAAGUUCCUUCUUUUAAUGGCGAACUCUGUUUUAGGAAAUACAGAGAGAUUAGGUCUCCGACGACCUAAAACUGGUCCUCUUGAGCUCAAGAAUGCCACCGGAAAGACACCGGUUCUUGAUGUCGGAGCUCUGUCUCAAAUCAAAUCCGGAAAAAUUAAGGUUAUGGAAGGAGUGAAAGAGAUAACAAGAAAAGGGGCAAAGUUUAUAGAUGGAAAUGAAAGAGAGUUUGAUUCAAUCAUCUUUGCUACCGGUUACAAGAGCAAUGUCCUUUGUUGGCUCAAGGGAAGUGAUUUCUUUACAAAAGAAGGAAAGACGAAGAUGGAUUUCCCUAAUAGUUGGAAAGGGGAGAAGAGAUUGUAUUGUGUCGGAUUCACGGGAAGAGGGCUUCUUGGAACUUCAAUGGAUUCGAUUAAAAUCGCUGCAGAUAUUGAAGAACAAUGGAAAUCGAUAAAGAAUGCUCAAAGAUAGUU